CACCCCAAGAGCCCCCACACUCAGCACCCAUCAAGAGCUCCCCAUUACACUCCAGCACCCUCAAGAGCUCCCAUUACACUCAGCACCCUCAAGAGCCCCCAUUACACUCAGCACUCCCUGAGCUCCCCAUUACACCAGCACCCUCAAGAGCCCCCAUUACACCAGCACCUCUCAAGAGCCCCCCACACUCAGCACCCUCAAGAGCUUCACACACUCAGCACCUCAAGAGCUCCCCAUUACACUCAGCACCCCUCAAAGUCCCACACUUCAGCAUCAAGAGCUCCCCACACUGCACUCAAGAGCCCCCACACUCAGCACCUCAAGAAGUCCCCACACACUCAGCACCCCUCAAGAGCCUCAUUACACUCAGCACCCUCAAGAGCUUCCCCAUUACACUCAGCACCCUCAAGGCUCCCCAUUACACUCAGCACCUCUGAGCCUGAUACACUCAGCACCCUCAAGAAGUCCCCAUUACACUCUCAGGCACCCCUAAGAAGUCCCCAUUACACUCAGGCACCCUCAAGAACUCCCCAUUACACUAGCACCACUUGUUUCCCAUUACACUCAGCACACAUCAAGAGCUCCCCUAUUACACUCAGCACUCCUCUCAAGAGCUCCCCAUUACACUCAGCACCCUCAAGAGUUCCCCAUUACACCUUCAGCCAUUACACUCAGCACCCCCAAGAGCUCCCUACUACACUCAGCACCCCACAAGACCUCCCUGGCCACACCAGCACCCUCAAGAGCUCCCCACUAGUAUGCUCAGCAGCCCUCAAGAGCUUCCCAUUACACUCAGCACCCUCAAGAGCUCCCCUCACACUCAACCAUUACACUCAGCACCCCUCAAGAGCUCACACACUCAGCCAUUACACUCAGCACUCCUCAAGAGCUCCCCACACCUGCCACACUCUCGGCACCCUCAAGAGCUCCCCAUUACACUCAGCCAUUACACUCAGCACCCUCAAGAGCCCCAUUACACUCAGCCACACACUCAGCACCCCUGAGCUCCCCAUUACACUCAGCACCCUCAAGAGCUCCCCAUUACACUCAGCCAUUACACCGGCACCUCAAGAGCUCCCCAUUACACUCAGCACCCUCAAGAGCUCCUGCAUACACCAGCCAUUACACUCAGCACCCUCAAGAGCUCCCCAUUACAGUCAGCCAUUACACUCAGCACCCUCAAGAGCUCCCCAUUACACUCAGCCAUUAACUCAGCACCCUCAAAGAGCUCCCCAUUACACUCCAGCCAUUACACUCAGCACCCUUAAGAGCUCCCCAUUACAGUCAGCCACACUCGGCACCCCUCAAGAGCCCCCAUUACAGUCAGCACACACUCAGCACCCUCAAGAGCUCCCCAUUACACUCAGUAGCCAUUGCACUCGGCACCUCAAGAGCUCCCCAUUACACUUCAGCCAUUACACUCGGCACCCUCAAGAGCCCCCAUUACACUCUCAGCCACAUGCUCAGCAUCCUCAAGAGCCUCCCCAUUACACUUGUGCCAUUACAUUCAGCACCCCUUCAAGAGCCCCCACACUUCCAGCACCCAUCAAGAGCUCCCCACAUUCAGCACCCUCAAGAGCCCCACACUCAGCACCCUCAAGAGCUCCCCAUUACACUCAUCACCCUCAAGAUCUCCCCCAUUACACUCAUCCAUUACACUCAGCACCUUCAGAGCUCCCCAUUACACUCAGCCAUUACACCAGCACCCCCAAGAGCCCCUAUUACACCCGUGCACCCUCAAGAGCUCCCCAUUACACUCAUCACCCUCAAGAUCUCCUCACACCAACCAUAUACUCAGCACCCCCUCAAGAGCUCCCCAUUACACUCAGCACCUCAAGAUCCCCCACACUUCAUCACCCCUCAAACUCCUUCCACCAGCCAUUACAUUCCAGCACCCUUCAAAAGCUCCCCAUACACCCAGCACCCCUUGCCCCACACACCAGCACCUUGAGCUCCUAUUACACUCAGCACCCUCAAGAGCUCCCAUUACACCUAUCACCCUCAAGAUCUCCCCAUUACACUCAUCCAUUACACUCAGCACUAAGAGCUCCCAUUACACUCAGCCAUUACACUCAGCACCCAUCAAGAGCUCCUCGUUACACUCAGCACCCUCAAGAGCUCCCCUUACAGUCAGCCAUACUCAGCACCCUCAAGGCUCCCCAUUACAGUCAGCCAUUACACUCAGCACCCCUCAAGAGCUCCCAUUACACUCAGCCAUUACACUCGGCACCCCUCAAGAGCUCCCCAUUACACUCCAGCCAUUACACUCAGCACUGCAGCCCCUUACACUCAGCCAUUACACUCAGCACCCUCAAGAGCUCCCCAUACACUCAGCCAUUACACUCAGCACCCUCAAGAGCUCCCCAUUACACUCCAGCACCCCUCAAGAGCUCCCCAUUACACCUGUGCACCUCAAGAGCUCCCAUUACACUCAGCACCCCUAAACCUCCCAUUACACUCAGCCAUUACACUGAGCAGUGUGAGCACCCUCAAGAGCCCCCAUACACCAGCCAUUACAUUCAGCUCCUCAAGAGCUUCCAUUACACUCAGCCAUUACACUCAGCACCCUCAAGAGCUCCCCCAUUACACUCAGCACCCUCAAGAGCCCCCAUUACACUCAAGCUCCCUCAAGAGCUCCCAUUAAACUCAGCACCCCUAAGAGCUCCCACAUGCUCAGCCCUCAAGAGCUCCCCGGUGUCAACACAGUUUACUCGUAGCAGAAGUGUGAAACUUUCCAAAACUUACGAGAACUCUUGCCUGUUGAGAUUAAGGUUUAUUUCCGGGUAA